CUUCACUAAAGAGCAGCAGAGGUUUCGUCCUCCAGCUAAAGGCUUCUGCCAUGGCGUCCACCGAAAUAGCGAGACAAGCGGGUGAAGGUGCUCGUGCUGUCCCUCUGUCAGGCCAUGUUGGCUUUGACAGCAUGCCGGACCAGCUGGUCAACAAGUCCGUCAACCACGGAUUCUGCUUCAACAUCCUGUGUGUUGGUGAGACAGGUCUGGGUAAGUCUACACUGAUGGACACGUUGUUCAACACCAAGUUUGAGGGCGAGCCUACUCAGCACAACCAGCCAGGAGUCACACUCAAGUCCAACACCUACGAGCUCCAGGAGAGUAACGUGCGUCUCAAACUCACUAUUGUGAACACUGUGGGCUUCGGAGACCAGAUCAAUAAAGAAGACAGCUACAAGUCCAUUGUGGAGUUUAUCGAUGCCCAGUUUGAAGCCUAUCUACAGGAGGAACUCAAAAUCAAGCGCACGCUACACAGCUACCAUGACACCCGUAUCCACGCAUGCCUGUAUUUCAUCGCUCCCACUGGACACUCGCUCAAAUCCCUGGACUUGGUGACCAUGAAGAAACUUGACAGCAAGGUCAAUAUAAUUCCAAUCAUUGCCAAGUCAGACGCCAUCUCCAAGAGCGAGCUGGCCAAGUUCAAAAUCAAAAUCACCAGUGAGCUGGUCAGUAACGGCGUGCAGAUCUACCAGUUCCCUAUUGAUGACGAGUCUGUGGCAGAGAUCAACUCCACUAUGAACAGCCAUUUGCCGUUUGCUGUGGUGGGAAGCACAGAAGAAGUAAAGAUGGGGAAUAAGAUGGUGAAGGCCCGGCAGUAUCCCUGGGGAACAGUGCAGGUGGAAAACGAGAAUCACUGUGACUUUGUCAAACUGCGAGAGAUGCUGAUCAGAGUGAACAUGGAGGACCUGCGAGAGCAGACUCACACACGCCAUUAUGAGCUUUAUCGUCGCUGCAAACUGGAGGAGAUGGGCUUCAAGGACACGGACCCUGACAGCAAGCCCUUCAGUCUGCAGGAAACAUACGAAGCAAAGAGGAACGAGUUCAUGGGUGAGCUGCAGAAGAAAGAAGAAGAAAUGAGGCAAAUGUUUGUCCAGAGAGUCAAAGAGAAGGAGGCUGAGCUGAAAGAAGCGGAAAAAGAGCUGCAUGAGAAGUUUGACCGUCUGAAGAAGCUCCACCAGGACGAGAAAAAGAAACUGGAGGAAAAGAAGAAGGGGCUGGACGACGAGCUUAAUACGUUCAAACAGAAAAAGACUGCGGCAGAGCUCUUGCAGAGUCAAGCUCAGCAGGCAGGGGGCUCCGCCACAAUCAAGAGGGACAAAGAGAGGAAAAACUGAUGUGACUCCGUGCCUGUUUGAAAAGGAAGACGACACUUGCACUGAGAAGCUUAGGAUCCCUCUAGAAAAAGUGCUCCCUUGUGGCCAUCCUGCUGUGAAUGAGUUCCCACCCCGUCAUCCUUUACUGUACCCCCUUACCCACCCUCACUUACCCCCCCCAUAAUUCAACCCUCCAUGCCCCACCAACCUAAUCCCCCCCCCCCACACACACACUCCCACGCUCUGUGGAAGACGCUGGCCAUUGCUUUGAGUUUUACUUCACUUGUUUUUGCUCGUCUGUUGUUCAAGGAUUUUGUGUCUUUUUUUUUUUUUUUUUUUUUUUAAUACACAUUGACAAAAAAACAUUCCAUAAUUUUGUUUUAUAUUCAUUUGAGUCUUUGCAUGACGGAGUGAGCUUUUUAAUAUUAACAUACAGCACUGUGCAAAAGGUCUUGGGCAACACUGUUAGAUUUGUUGUUUCAGCAAUGCUUAUUAUCCCUCUAUCACUUUGAUUGAAACACAUCUGGAAAGUACAGGAAAUGUGGAAAACAAUGGAACCUUAAUUAAUAUUAUUGGUAAAACCUUUUGUUUUACAUUUUGACAAAUAUCUGCUGUGAUUGAGGUCUGUUUUCGUGGAUCAUUCCAAUCCAAAUGCCGAUGGUCACAGUUUUGUUACAACAAACCUUGUGGUGCCCUGAGACUUUUGCACAGUACUAUACAUAAUUAAUGUUGUGAUGGGCAGAAAUGUUCAGAGUCUAAAGAGAAACAUGCAUCAGACACUGGGAUCUGAGUGUUUAUAAUAAUUAUGUUUACCUGCCACCGAAGAGCGGAGACUGUUGUUGCUCUUUUUCUAAACAGCUACAUCUUCAUGAUUUUAACUCCUCACAAUCACAAACAAUCGCCAACAUGUUUUAAGUUAUAAUCCAUGAGAAUAUAGUCCGGGUUGGUUAGGCUAUGAAAACCAAAUUGUAUUCAUCGUAAAGCUGUUAUACACCUAUACAAACACACACAAUGUAGUGCGGUUACUCCCUUGUGUGUUUUUAAGCAAUUGUCGUAUUGACAGUUGCAUUAUGUUUGACGAGAGUGCUUCACAAUAACAGCCACACUUUGAAUGGGAAGUAGCAGCAGCAGCAGCAGCGGCAGCAGCACAGCUGUGAUACGACUGUAUUAUUUAGAGGGAAGAGUACUCGGUGAGGCUGACAUCAAUGAGGAUACAAUUACAGUAGCACCGGAAAAUAAGCAUUUAUUUCUUGUGCGUUCUUUAUGUGCACAAAGGCAAUUCCAGCUCUUGGCACCGUAAAGGAUCGACCCCGCCACCAACAAUGAAAUAUACAUUUAAAUGACUGAAAACCACAAAUGGGUUAUGAUCUCAUCAAGAGCUCGUGGAUUAUAAAAUGGUGCUAUAAUGUUUGAUUCUUUCCGACCUCAUCCAUAAAGGUUUUACAGUUUUAGACAUUACAUAUUUGAAUUGGAAGUCUAUUUUUAUACGCAUGUGUAUUUUGUCCCUUUUUCUGAUGAUGUUUUACUUUAGACUGAUGCACGAGUCAAAGUGAGCCCUGAUCUCUUUAACGACUUCUCCCAUACCUCAUUCAUUGUCAUGUGUAACGUGCAUAUUUGUAUCAUCUUUCACAUUUGCACUUUUCUUUUUUCUUUUUACACACAAAUGUGAUGUUUUAUAUAAAUAUAUAUAUAUUUAGUGUAUGUUAAUUUUGUCAGUGCAAUUGUAACUUUCUUUCUAUUUUACUUGUUAUGAAGGCACAUUUAAAAGUCAAAGUGUUGUUGUUGGUUUUUUUUGUAUCAGUUUUUCUGCGCAUAAGACAAUUACUUCAAAAGAAAAUAAAGGCCGUUGAUUUUCA